AACGAGAGUAUAACCCUCCAAAAGAACUUGCCCACUAACCCCAUUGCAACAAAUAACGUGUGAACUUUAAGACUUUGAACUUUGGCUCAUUAGCUGCGUCCCGCCCACCACCACCACCACCAUUACCAUUACCAUCAUCUUAAUUAUUCCAUUUCUUAACAACCCCUUUCCUUAUUUUCUCUUCACAUUUCCUUUUAUCACUUGUCUUUCCUUUAUAAAUAAUCAUUAACCCAAACCCAAAUCUUUCUCCAUCUCUCUCUCUCUCUCCCAUAUCAAUUUUCUGUAAUAGUUGAAUUAAAGGCAUGGUGCUAAAGGGCAUUGCUUUACCCAUUAUUACAUUGUUACUAGCUUUGGGAAUCCAGGCUGGGUUUUCUCAGAAUAUUAGCAAAGCCAGUUUUCCAAAGGGCUUCAUUUUUGGGACUGCCUCUUCUGCUUUCCAGUAUGAAGGAGCAGUGAAGGAGGAUGGAAGGGGACCAACUAUUUGGGACACAUUCUCGCAUACUUUUGGGAAGAUACUUGAUGGUAGCAAUGCGGAUGUUGCUGUGGAUCAGUACCACCGUUAUCCUGAAGAUAUACAACUGAUGAAAGACAUGGGGAUGGAUGCUUACAGGUUUUCAAUAGCCUGGUCUCGGAUAUUCCCUAAUGGUACGGGCGAAAUAAACCAGGCCGGUGUUGAUCAUUACAACAAUUUCAUUAAUGCUUUGCUCGCGGCAGGAAUCCAACCAUAUGUGACCCUUUACCACUGGGAUCUUCCUCAAGCAUUGGAGGACAAAUACAAUGGAUGGCUCGAUCCUCAAAUUAUAAAGGACUUUGCGAUGUAUGCUGAGACAUGCUUCAAGUUAUUUGGUGACAGGGUGAAAUACUGGAUGACUUUUAAUGAACCUGAUACAUUUACGGUACAGGGUUAUGAUGUAGGUCUUCAAGCUCCGGGACGCUGCUCCAUAGUUCUUCAUCUGUUCUGCAAGGCCGGAAACUCUGGAACCGAGCCUUACAUAGUUGCCCAUAAUGUUCUCCUUUCUCAUGCAACUGCUGUGGAUAUUUACAGGAAAAAGUACAAGGCAAAGCAACAUGGAUCUGUUGGGGUAUCGUUUAAUGUUAUUUGGUUUGAACCAGAGACUAAUUCAACUGAAGACAUUGAAGCAGCUCAAAGAGCUCAAGAUUUUCAGCUUGGCUGGUUUUUGGACCCACUGAUGUUCGGAGAUUAUCCAAGUUCGAUGAUAACCCAAGUAGGAAGCCGGUUGCCGAGGUUUACUAAAGCUGAGUCUGGUCUUCUUAAGGGAUCUUUGGAUUUUGUUGGCAUUAAUCACUACACUACCUUUUAUGCAAGAGAAAACAAAACUAAUCUGAUUGGUAGUAUACUAAAUGACACUGUUUCGGACUCCGGUGCCUUUACAUUACCUUUCAAGCAUGGGAAACCCAUAGGAGACAAGGCAAAUUCUAUAUGGUUAUACAUAGUACCCCGUGGUAUGAGAAGCCUAAUGAAUUACGUCAAGGAAAAAUACGGAAACCCUCCGGUCAUUGUUACAGAAAAUGGUAUGGAUGACCCGAAUAGCCAAUUCAUAUCCAUUAAAAAUGCUCUCAAGGAUGAGAAAAGAAUCAAAUACCUCAAUGACUACUUAACUAACCUGCUCGCUGCUAUCAAGGAAGAUGGUUGCAAUGUUAAAGGGUACUUUGUGUGGUCGCUACUCGACAACUGGGAGUGGGGAGCCGGGUACUCCUCGAGAUUCGGUCUAUAUUUCAUCGACUAUAAAGACAAUCUCAAGAGAUACCCCAAGGACUCUGUCAAAUGGUUCAAGAACUUCCUAGGGUCUGCUUAAGAAUGGUGUAAAUGAAUUGCAGAUGUCGGUCUCUGAGACUGUUGCAAAUUGCAACACUUAGAACAGUUGUAUGGUAGUUAUUCUUUAAUAAAGAACAUAUUGAUUGUUGUCAAAGAUGUAAGAAAACCGAAAGAUGAAUCGGAGUGUUUAGGAAGGCUAGAUUAUAAUCUUCAUAGUUUUUCAUUCUAUUACACUUGUUAAUGAACAUGCAAUUUUAAUUGCUUUACUUUAAAA